AUGCCACCACAAUCCCCACCCACCAAACCCAUCAAACCCUACUUCUUCUACGGCCACCGCAUACCCACCCAGAACCGCCCCACCGUCCAUGGUGGCCUCUUCUCCAACCGCCAAACCCUCAACCCAAAGAACCCAACUCACCAUCAUAAACCAAAGCAACCCUUUGACCUCCAAAAGUGGGACCCAGACUCACCCAAAUGCCUCUCACUUCCACCCUCCAAAGACCCGUCACACCAAUUCUUCUCCAUUGCCCAAACUCUCUCUCCGAUUGCCCGUUAUAUUGUUGAUGCCCUGAGGAAACACAAGCAAUGGGGCCCACCUAUUGUUGCUGACCUCAACAAGCUCCGCCGUGUCACCCCGAAGCUCGUUUCCGAGGUCCUCAAGGUCCCACAUAUAGACCCAAGACUGUCGUCCAAGUUCUUCCACUGGGCAGGUAAGCAAAAAGGUUAUAAACACGAUUUUGCUUGUUACAAUGCAUUUGCGUAUUGUUUGAAUCGAACUAAUCAGUUUCGGGCAGCUGAUCAAGUACUUGAGUUAAUGCACAUGCAAGGGAAGCCACCUAGCGAGAAACAAUUUGAGAUUUUGAUUAGAAUGCAUGCUGAUGCUAACAGAGGUCUUAGGGUGUACUAUGUGUAUGAGAAGAUGAAGAAAUUUGGGGUGAAACCACGUGUUUUUUUGUAUAAUAAGAUAAUGGAUGCAUUAGUCAAAACAAAUCAUGUGGAUUUGGCAAUGUCAGUUUAUAAUGAUUUUAAGGAGGAUGGGUUGGUAGAGGAGAGUGUUACCUUUAUGAUUUUGAUAAAGGGAUUGUGUAAAGCAGGACAGAUGGAUGAAGUCUUAGAUCUUUUGGGUCGGAUGAGGGGGAAUUUGUGUAAGCCAGAUGUGUUUGCGUACACAGCAAUGGUGAGGGCAUUGGUCUCUGAGAGGAAUUUGGAUGGGUGUUUAAGGGUUUGGGAGGAAAUGCGAAGGGAUAAGAUUGAGCCGGAUGUUAUGGCUUAUACCACUCUUGUCACAGGGUUAUGCAAAGAGAACUUAGUUGUGAAAGGUUAUGAGUUUUUUAAGGAGAUGAAAGAGAAAGGGUGUUUAAUAGAUAGGGCCAUUUAUGGGUCUUUGAUUGAGGCUUUUGUUGCAGAUGGGAAGGUUGGUUCUGCUUGUGAUUUGCUGAAGGAUUUGAUGGACUCAGGGUAUAGGGCUGACUUGGCAAUAUAUAACUCCCUGAUAGAAGGCUUAUGUAAUGCAAACCGAGUUGAUAAAGCUUAUAAGCUUUUCCAAGUUUCAAUUCAAGAGGAUCUCCAACCAGACUUUAUGACUGUGAAUCCCAUGUUGGUGUGUUACGCAGAGUCUAGGAGAAUGGAUGACUUGCGCAAAUUGCUCGUUCAGAUGAAGAAUUUGGGUUUUAGUGUCAAUGGCGAUCUCUCGAAAUUCUUAUCAUUUAUGGUGGGAAAUGAUGGUAGAGUCCUGAUGGCUUUAGAAGUGUUUGAAGAGUUGAAGGCAAAAGGUUACCAAGAUGUUUCGUUCUAUAAUAUUCUUAUGGAGGCUUUACACAAGAUUGGGGAGGUAAAUAAAGCAAUAUCACUUUUCCAUGAAUUAAAGGAUCUGAACUUUGAACCUGACUCCUUAACCUUCAGCAUUGUUAUAACAUGUUUCAUUGAAGUUGGAGAUAUCCAAGAGGCGUUUGCAUGCUAUAAGAAAAUCAAAGAGAUUUCUUCAGUCCCCUCUGUUGCUGCCUAUUGUUCUCUUGUUAAAGGACUCUGCAAAAUUGGAGAGAUUGAUGCCGCUAUGAUGCUCAUUCGUGACUGUUUAGCCAAUGUUGUCAGUGGACCCAUGGGAUUUAAAUAUACACUUACAAUUCUCCAUGUUUGCAAAUCAAACGAUGCUGAGAAGGUAAUUGGAGUUCUAGAUGAGAUGAUACAACAGGGUUGUCCUCCUGAUGAUAUUAUAUAUUCUGCAAUUAUCUGUGGCAUGUGCAAGCAUGGAACAAUUGAGGAGGCAAGAAAAAUAUUUUCAAAUAUUAGAGAGCGGAAGGUCCUAACUGAAGCCAAUUUGAUUGUUUACGAUGAGAAACUUAUUGACCACAUGAAGAAGAAAACAGCAGACUUAGUGCUGUGUGGAUUAAAAUUUUUUGGUUUGGAGUCCAAGUUAAAAUCAAAGGGCUGCAAACUUCUGGAAAGUUGA